CUUGACCUAUCGUUGUAAACAGACGGUCUGAGGUCUACCAGGCGAUGUCCGCUUUGGCCCUCUAUCCACUGCACACUCCCAUUGGAUUUUCCAGUCUGAAACCCUGAACCCUCGCCGACCCCCCUUGCCUUUCCAGCGUUUGGAGAAAAAUUCUGCAAGACGGGAAGAAUCGCGUUCCAGACGAAAAGUAGAUCUCCAAAUUGUAGCUGUUCCCUCACAGAAACGCAAAGAAGGCCUUCGACCAAGUGAGUGCUCGAAAUAAACGAGCCCUUACCGCUUCGCCCAACCCGAAGCGACAGCCGUGCCUUCUUCCUCCCACCUUAUCUCUCGCGAGCCGAUCCCCCUCCCGCGCACAUCAUGACACGCCCCGCCUCAUCGCCCUCGAACAGCCACCCGUUCUACCUUCCACGAAGCCACCCUGGAGUCCUCACCGCACCGCGCCAGUCCCCCGCUCGCCGCGGGCUGCGCUCUGCUCCCACGACAGAUGCCCGCACCUUCGAAGCCCUGCCCUCCCGCCCGCGUGAUGCAGGGCGCCGAGAGCGGCACAAAAGCGCGUCCGCCCCUGCGUCAAGGGAGGGAGGUAAGCUGAGUAGCUCGCUAGGGUAUCGCGCAUGCCUGCGAAGAACCUCCGCCAGUCAUCUGAGCGCGCUAGCUUCUCCACCCAGGUCCUCAGCUGAGCGAGGGGAUCUGUCGGCUGAGCGACGCACCUGUGCUCAGGCAUUCAAUGAACGCCACCCCUGUCUAACCGCCACUGACGAGGGUGGACGGCGGCAAAGGGUCUGCAGCACAACGUCCGCGAGUCUACGACGAUUGGUUGGGUCGGUAUUGGGACCAUUUAUCGGCGGCGGCUUUUGGGUCGGCGGAGGGAAAUUUGGAAGACAGGUAUCCCCGUUGAGAGCGGACCCCAUUGACAGUGGUAACUUCGGCGGUCUAUGGAGGUGAGGUCGAAUACAGGUAGGCGUUGUAUACUUAGCGGGAGAAGAACGUCAGCUAUUCCAGUUUUGUCAUUUUUGUCGAAGUUCAACAUGACCAUCAAAAUCGACACGUGACAUUCCCUACUUUGCGG